UCAUUGAGUGGGAGAUAGAGCAGGGCCUGCUGAGCUCAGAGGACCGGGACCAGGGAGCCACCGUCUUCCUUUGAGAGAUCCAAGACCUCCACAAACACAUCCUUGAAGACUGCGCCCUCAGGAUGGUGGACCGGCUCGCGGAUGGCUGCCUGGACACUGAUGCCCAGAACCUUCUCAGCAGCCUCAAGGGUCACAUCACUGACAUGCACCCCGGGGUCCUCAAGGCCCACCACCUGCUGUGGAGCCACGACUUGGUGAACCCCAAGAACAAGACUCACGCCCGCUACCUGAAGGAGCUGGGUGAGCAGUUUGUGGUGCGGGCCAAUCACCAGGUCCUCACACGCCUCCGUGAGCUGGAUACGGCUGGACAGGAGUUGUCGUGGCUCUACCAAGAGAUCCGCCACCACAUUUGGCAGAGCUCGGAGGUCACUCAGACCUUCUGUGGACGCCAGGAACUCCUGGCCCGGCUCGGGCAGCAGCUCAGGCACGAUGACAGCAAGCAGCACACCCCCCUGGUACUCUUUGGGCCCCCGGGCAUCGGAAAGACAGCCCUGAUGUGCAAGCUGGCUGAUCAGAUGCCAAGGCUGCUCGGGCACAAGACAGUGACCAUCCUGCGGCUGCUGGGGACUUCACAAAUGAGCUCAGAUGCCCGCGGCCUGCUGAAGAGCAUCUGCUUCCAGGUGUGCCUGGCCUAUGGUCUGCCCUUGCCUCCUGCCCAGGUUCUGCACGCCCACACAAGGGUGGUCCAGUUUUUCCAUACCCUCCUCCACACUGUCUCUUGCAGAAACUUCGAGUCUCUCGUGCUCCUGCUGGAUGCUAUGGAUGACCUGGACUCUGUCCGCCAUGCUCGGAGGGUUCCCUGGUUGCCUCUCAACUGCCCCCCGAGGGUGCACCUCAUCCUCUCAGCUUGCUCGGGGGCACUGGGGGUUUUGGACACCUUGCAGCGGGUGCUCCUGGACCCGGAGGCCUACUGGGAGGUGAAGCCCUUCUCCGGAAACCAAGGCCAGGAGAUGAUCCAACUCCUGCUGGCGGCUGCAAGGAGGACGCUGAGCCCAGUGCACACAGAUUUGCUCUGGGCCAGCCUCCCAGAGUGUGGGAACCCAGGGCGGCUGAGGCUGGCCUUUGAGGAGGCCCGGAAAUGGGCCUCCUUCACUGUGCCUGUCCCACUGGCCACCACCACAGAGGAAGCCACGCACCAGCUCUGCACCCGCCUGGAGCAGACACACGGGCGGCUCCUCGUGGCCCACGUGCUGGGCUACAUUGUGUCUUCCCGACACGGUCUCUCGGAGGCAGAGCUGAAGGAUGUUUUGUCCUUGGAUGACGAGGUCCUGCAGGAUGUGUACCGGGACUGGACCCCACCUAGCAAGGAGCUGCUGCGCUUCCCGCCCCUGCUGUGGGUGCGGCUUCGUCGGGAUCUGGGAUACUACUUGGCCCGGCGGCCCGUGGACGGCUUCACCCUCCUGGCCAUUGCCCACAGACAGCUGGUCGAGGUAGUCCGUGAGCGCUACCUGUCAGGAUCUGAGAGAGCCAAGAGGCAUGGCAUCCUGGCCGACUUCUUCUCAGGGACCUGGAGCCAGAGUACCAAGAAGCUCAUCACUCUGCCACUUGUGGGGAAACCACUGAACUUGGACCGAAAGGUGGCCCCUCAGCCUCUGUGGUUCUCAGACACAGUUGCAAACCUGCGGAAGCUGAAGGAGUUGCCCUACCACCUGCUUCACUCGGGCCGCCUGGAGGAGCUGAAACAGGAGGUUCUGGGCAGCAUGAGCUGGAUUUCCUGCCGGGGCAUCUCUGGGGGCAUUGAAGACCUGCUGGAUGACUUUGACCUGUGUGCCCCUCACCUGGACUCUCCUGAGGUUGGCCUGGUCCGUGAAGCCCUCCAGCUCUGCCGCCCUGCUGUGGAGCUCCGAGGCAUGGAGAGGAGCCUCCUGUACACAGAACUGCUGGCCAGACUCCAUUUCUUCGCCACCUCACAUCCAGCACUGGUGGGACAGCUAUGUCAACAGGCCCAGAGCUGGUUCCGGUUGUGCACACACCCUGUGCUGGUGCCCCUCAGAGGAUUCCUCCAGCCCCCGGGAGGACCCCUCCGGGCAACCCUCAGCGGUUGUCACAAAGGCAUCACCGCCAUGGCAUGGGGUGUGGAGGAGAAGCUGCUGGUGAUUGGCACCCAAGAUGGCAUCAUGGCUGUGUGGGACAUGGAAGAGCACCAUGUGAUCCACAUGCUAACUGGACACACAGGAGAGGUGAGGUGCGUGAAAAUAUUUGCCAAAGGGACCCUCGCCAUCUCUGCUUCAAAGGAUUACACACUGCGCUUGUGGAACUUACUCUCUGGCCAGGAGAAAUUUACCAUUUGGGAUGGAGGCUCAAAAAAUCCCACUGAACCUCAGAUCUGGAACCUUCAUGUGGAUGAGGCACACAAAGUUGUGUAUUCAGCAUCUGGCUCAAAGAUCAAUGCUUGGAAUCUGGAAACUGCAGAGCCAGUUUUCCAUAUCCUGGGAAAUGCCUCUGAUCCUUGGAUGUGCAUGGCCGUGCUGGCCUCCCAGGCCAUGCUGCUGACAGUGUCCAGGGAUGGUGUGGUCAGUCUGUGGAGCUCAGCUACGGGAAAACUUCAGGGGAAGCAACAUAUGUCCAGCAUCAAAGAAGAAACACCUACCUGUGCCGUCUCAGUCCAGAAGCAAGGAAAGCUUGUUACCGGGUUUAGCAAUGGCUCCAUCUCUUUGGUUUCCUCCAAAGGGGACAGAUUGCUGGAGAAGCUUCCAGAUGCUGUGAGGUUCCUGGUGGUCUCUGAAGAUGAGUCCCUCCUCGCCGCAGGCUUCGGAAGAUCGGUGCGGAUAUUCUUGGCAGACUCAAGGGGCUUUCGCCGAUUCAUAGCCACGGAUCUGGAACAUGAAGACAUGGUGGAGACGGCUGUUUUUGGUACUGAGAACAACCUGAUCAUCACGGGGUCUCUUGAUGCGCUCAUUCAGGUGUGGAGUCUGUCAAAACAGGGGACCCUGCUGGACAUCCUGGAAGGCGUCGGGGCCCCCGUGAGCCUGCUGGCCUGCGGCGGGACUUUGGUGGCAUCUGCUUCCCCGCAGUCCUCAUCUUUCAAGGUCUGGGAUCUCAGCGAUGCUCAUAGGUCCCGGGCGCCUGCACCAUUUCUGGACCGCACUGGCCUCACUGCAGUGUCCCACAAUGGAAGCUACGUCUACUUCCCCAAAAUUGGGGACAAAAACAAAGUCACUAUUUGGGACUUGGCAGAAGGCGAGGAACAAGAUUCCCUGGACACCUCCAGUGAGGUCAGGUGUCUGGAGGUUGCUGAGCAGCACAAGCUCCUAUUUACAGGCCUCGUGUCAGGGGUCGUCCUUGUGUUCCCCCUGAAUUCCAGGCAGGACGUGAUAUGCAUUCCCCCUCCCGAGGCCCGGAAAGCAAUCAACUGCAUGUCCCUGAGCAAGUGCGAGGACCGCCUGGCCAUCGCCUAUGACAACAUCGUCCUGGUGCUGGACAUCACCCCUGGGGACCCCUGCCCAGUCGUCGAUGGGCCAAGAUACACCUUUUAUACUCAGCUGCCCGAGACCCUCUCCAGCGUGGCCAUUCUGACGGACUACCGCAUGGUCUACAGCGUGACAAACGGGGACCUCUUUCUUUACGAGUGUGCAAAUUCCAAAGCGUUUCCCUUAGAGGCCCACAGGAGUCGAGUUGCCUGUAUAGAGGUCAGCCACAAGGAGCAGCUGGUGGUCAGUGGGUCUGAGGAUGCCCUGCUGUGUCUCUGGGACCUGCAGACACGCAAGUGGAAAUUCGAGAUGAGCUACACGAGUUCUUACUGCAGAGGGGUCCAAUGUGCUUGCUUCUCCAAGGAUGACAAGUACGUGUACGUGGGCUUAAAGGAUCGCUCUAUACUUGUUUGGAGUGUGCUGGAUGGCACCCUGCUAACGGUCCAGUUUGUCCAUGCUGUGGUAAACAGAAUCAUCCCAACCACCAGUGGCUUCAUUGCCCCCACCAGGCAUGGUUAUCUGAUCCGAGAGCGUUUCCAGUGCCUUUCAGCAAGAGCCUCACCGCAGGACCCUCUUAAGAACUUCAAGAAGGCAGUGUGGAUGGUCAAAUCCAGGCAGAGAGAGGAGCUAGUUGCAGCUGCAGGAGCUCCCCAGGACUUGGAGUCAGAGAGUGCCCAGGGAAAUGAAUCCAAAUCAAACAAAUGCUCACAAGUCUGCCUGAUAGUGUAAAAAAAAAAAACAACAACCCUGUGGGGGUAUGGGGCUCCAAUGAGUUAGCCCCAUUUAAUCUGGUUAAAGCAAAAAGAAUAUGUUUGCUGGUGUAUACCUGGACCCAUGGCUUCAGAUUAUGUGACCCAGACCUUGUCUCUUCUCAUCUUUCCAUUAUUCUUUCCUCUUUUUCAUUUUCAUUCUCAGACUUGCCACCCCCAGGUUAGCAACAUGGUGGCCAAUAUGCUGCUGUCUCCAAUUUCAAUAGAAAAGAGAGCUUCUCUUUCCGAACAGUCCUAGCCUCAACUCUGUUGGUCCCAAUUGGCCCAUAUGCCUAGCCCUAAACCAAUUAUUAUAUCUGGGAGAAUGCAGAGCUCUAAUCGGCUAGACUGACCCAAUGUCCACCACUGGGACUGAGAAUAGAAGAGAUUAUUCCUGAGAUGCAAACUGGAGUUCUGGUACCAGAUGAAGGGGGAAUGGAUGAAUGUGAGAUACAGCAAAUCACUGAUGUGGACCACAGAACUUCACAGUUUAUAAACCUGUAGAUGCUGUCAUCUGAUCCUCAUCACAACUCAUACUUUAGGGAGGGCAGGAGUUUCUGCAUCUAUUUUACAGAUGAGGAAACUGAGCCUUGCGGAAGUAGUUAUGAUUUGAUUUAGGUCACAAGUCCAAGAUGCAAGGGCUCUGAGAGUGAGCCUUCUGUCCCAUUCCUGUUAGACCUCACUCCAAUUUCAGUCUCCAGAGCACAACCAUCUCUUCCACAGGCACCACACUCAAAUGCUUACAGGAGCUAGUGACUAAUCUAGAUACUUCCAUGCACCUGGGUGAGCAGCAGGGAGAGACGGAGACUAGACAUGUGGAAGGCAAAGAUUGUGUCUAGGGUGGGUAUGAGCAGCCUGACUCUAGCCCAGAAUCACCAUGGCCAAACCAGCCCACUGCUGUCAGUGCUUCCAGUUGUAAUAAGCAAAGCCAGAAAUCCAGACUUUUAUGCAAAAAUGUUCUGACUUUUAAAGUUGGCGAUUGGUUGAAUUUGUAUCUAUAGCACAUUUGGCAUGUGCGUCUUUGGUUAAUGAGCUGACUUCAGGACUCACGCUGGCAGUAAAACAAUCAACAUGUUAUAGUUCAUCCUUCUCUAUUCCCUGGCUCCCAAACUUUUGGGAUAAAGAUGUGGGUUUUUAAUCUUAAAAAUUGGAGGCUCUUGGAAGUAGAAAGAGCUGCUGAUCUCUCCCUGCUUUGCUUUUGAACCAUCUGCCUUGUGCAAGUUCAACAGUCAAACUGUUUUCAUUCCACUUAAGUGGAUCUUUCUUCUUUGCCCACAGCCUUCUAAAAGCCCUUCUCGGUUUUCUCAGGCUUUUACUUUAAUGCUAGGAGAGUCUAAAUCUUCAAGGUGGCUAUCCCUUCUCCCCUCUGUGGAAUUCCUGAUAGAGUCUCAAUAAAAGCAACUUUAGAAACAGAGGCUUUUGAGCUGAACAAGACCCUACUGCUGUCUUAUUCAUCCAUUUUCCAAACCAGUUUUCCAAGGCAGGUUUUGGCAGUUCUGCAAAUGUUAGUGUCAAAUUUCAUUUAAAAAUAUUUUAAACUGUAAUUUUAAGAUGUAUGCUUGGAUGUAUUGGGCAGCAGCUUUUAAGGUGUUGAAGAUUACUAAGCUUGGUGCAAAAAGUAACUGUGGUUUUUGCCAUUAAAAAUAAUAAAAAUAAUGGCAAAAAGUGGCCGGGCACAGCGGCUCACACCUGUGGUCCUAGCACUUUGGAAGGCUGAGGCAGGUGGAUCACCUGAGGUCAGGAGUUUGAGACCAGCCUGGACAACAUGGUGAAACCCUUCUCUACUAAAAAUGCAAAAAUUAGCCAGGCAUGGUGGUGAGUGCCUGUAAUCUCAGUUACUCAGGAGGCUGAGUCAGGAGAAUCACUUGAACCCGGGAAGUGGAGAUUGCAGUGAGCUGAGAUUGUGCCACUGCACUCCAGCCUGGGUGACAGAGCAAGACUCCAUCUCAUAAUAAUAAUAAUAAUGGCAAAAGCCUCAGUAGCUCACACCUGCAAUCCCAGCACUUUGGGAGGCUGAGGCGGGCGGAUCACUUGAGGCCAGGUGUUCAAGAGCAGCCUGGUCAACAUGGUGAAACCCUGUCUCUAGUAAAAAUACAAAAAUUAGCCUGAUGUGGUGGCCUACACCUGUAAUUCCAGCUACUUGGGAGGCUGAGGCAGGAGAACGGCUUGAACCCGGGAGGCGAAGGUUACAGUGAGCUGAGAUUGCACCACUGCACUCCAGCAUGAGUGACAGAGACUCUGUCUCCCCCACCAAAAAAAAAAAAGUAAUGGCAAAAACCACAAUUAAUUUUGCAUCAACCUAAUAAUUUAGGAUUCUUCUGCCAUUUUCAUUUAACUGAUUUAACUGAAGAGCCCACUUAAAUUGUGAAGGGAGCCCCUGAAAAAAUUAGCUACUCUUUGCCACUGCUUCUCUGUGAAUCAAGGGCUUACCCAGUGCAGAAAUAAAGUAGAUGUUGAGACCAAUUAAGAUUUCAUCUACAAAUUCUGAUUUUAAAUGCCUGUGUCCAUCUCAACAGCCUCAGUGAAAAUUGAUUGUUUUGUAGAUAAAUCCCAAUUUAAACAUUGGAAAUACCUUUUUACUAAUAAAAUGCUACAACAAAUUAUUGCUUA